CGGUGGGCGUGGCUAAUGGCGGAAGGGCGGGGCCGGGCUGGGCGGCACUGUCACGUGCCGGAGGAGGGCCGUUUCCGGCGGAAGCGGCGGCAGCAUGGCGGCGGCGGCGGCGGCGGAGGAGGAUGGCGACGGCGACGGGUGCUGCCUGCGGCCCUUCUCGUGCGAGCAGGGGCUGCUCUCGCGGCCCGACGGCUCCGCCGCCUUCGUCCAGGGCGAGACGUCGGUGCUGGCCGGGCUCUACGGCCCCGGCGAGGUGAAGGGCAGCAGGGAGCUGCCGGACCAGGCGGCGCUGGAGGUGCUGCUGCGCCCCAAGGGGUGGCGGAGCGCAGCCGGGAGCAGCUGAUCCGGCGCACGUGCGAGGCGGUGCUGCUGGGGGCCCUGCACCCCCGCACCGCCGUCACCCUGGUGCUGCAGGUGCUCAGCGACGCCGGAUCCCUGCUGUCGUGCUGCCUGAACGCGGCCUGCCUGGGGCUGCUGGACGCCGGGCUGCCGCUGGCCUCGCUCUUCUGCGGCGUCACCUGCGCCCUGCGCCCCGACGGCCGCCUCCUGCUCGACCCCACGGCGCGCCAGGAGCAGGAGGCCCGCGCCGUCCUCACCUUCGCCAUCGACAGUGCCGACAGCCGCGUGCUGGCGGCCACCGCCAAGGGCAGCUGCUCCGCUGAGGAGCUGCAGCAGUGUCUCGCCGCCGCCCAGCGCGCCGCCGCCGCCAUCUUCCGCUUCUACCGCGACUCCCUGCGCCGCAAGUACUCCAAGUGGUGACGGGGACGCCGCCAGACGCCGGGGCCCCGUGUGCCCCCCCCCCCCAUCGCCCCCCUCUGCUACCCCCCCCCGUGUGGGGCAUUAAACCACCUGCCCCAG